AUGUCACUUCUCGUCGGGCAAAAUGCAAAGAUUAUGUGUACUGCUACAGGAAUCCCUGCUCCAGUGAUCAAGUGGUCCAAAGACGGUGGUGCCACCUUCCCGGCGGCCCUUCAACAUCGGUUAUUCGUACGCCCAAACGAUGAUCAUCUCUACGUGGUGAAUGUCACUGUUGAGGAUCAGGCAAAGAAUUCUUUCAAUGUCACAUUGAAAGAUACGGAGUGGACAUUCAACGGGGAACCGCUAUUUGUCGAUGGAGAACGAGUUUCAUUGAAAGCACAUGGCCAAAUUCUUGCUGUCAAGAAGGUAUGUUUCUUGGCUUACAUGGCUAAGCCUAUCCAAAUAAUAUUCAAAUCAAGCGAUGCUGGACAGUACGCAUGCGAACUGUGGGCUGCUAAUGAUCAGUUAGCCCGACAAGUGGCCACAGUUGUGGUGGUUGGCCGAGAGGAGAUCAAGAAAGACCCUAAUUCUCAACAAAACUUCUAA